AUGACAAUGACAAUGACGACGGCGAAUCGCCACGUCCACCGUCAACCGUGCAUGGACCACCUCACCAACGUGAACGCCGGCACCCCCACCCUGCUCCCGAACACGAACCCAAACGUGACAACGACAACGAUGACGAUGACGACGGCAAAUCGCCACGUCCACCGUCAAUCGUGCACGGACCACCUUGCAAACGCGAACACCGGUGCCCCCACCCUGCUCUUGCCGCUUGUUGUGCCCCAACCGUGCACGGACCACCUCGCCAACACGAAGGCCAGCGCCCCCACCCUGCUCUCGCUGCUUGUCGUGCCCCAACCGUGCAUGGACCACCUCGCCAAUGCUGGUGCCUCCGUCCACCACCGAAUGUGCACAGACUACCCACCCACGUCUGCCAACAACAUCCACGAUGUCCACGCCCCACACUGCACCCAACGCACAUGUCCACCACCGAACGUGUACUGA